AUUCAUUAUGUGAAAAGGUGCUCCAUCAUUUUUGUUAAUUUAGUUGUUUUUACUGGUUAUAGUUAUUUUUUUAAUGAGUGGAUAUGGAAACGAAAAAGGGUGAUGUUGAGGAAAAAAAGAUAAAUGCUCUAGAUGUAAAAUUUGUAAAAAAGAAAGAAAAUGGGACUAAAAUCAAACCUAUAUCUUUUCUUGGAAUGUUUAAAUACGCUAGUAAAUGGGACAAGCUCUUGAUGUUUAUUGGUACUUUAUCGGCAAUAAUCACUGGAUGUCUACCGCCAAUGAAUACACUUCUAUUUGGAGGACUUGCAGGAAAUGCUGUGGAAUAUGCUGAAUCUUUAUAUAAUGCCACUUUAUCACAAAACGAACGAGCUGAGGCUCAAGAAAGAUUCUUUGACGGUAUUAAAUUUUUCGCUGUGGCGAAUAGUAUGAUUGGAAUUACGAUGCUUUGUUUUAGUUAUCUUUCUACCAUCACUUUUAAUUAUUCAUCAACGAAACAAAUAUUUAAAAUUAGAUCUGAUUACUUAAAAUCUAUUCUUAACCAAGAUAUAUCAUGGUACGAUCAAAAUCAAACAGGUGAUUUUGCAAGUCGAAUGUCUGAUGAUCUGUCUAAAUUUGAAGAUGGAAUAGGUGAAAAGGUACCAAUGUUUAUACAUUUUCAAGUAGUCUUAGUAGCAGCAGUAUCAACAGCAUUGGUCAAAGGAUGGGAACUAGCCUUGAUAUCACUAGUAGCAAUACCAGCAUCGUUGGUAUCCUUUGGAGUGAUAAAUUUGUUAACAACAAAAUUGGCCAAAAACGAAAUGGAAGCAUACGCAGCUUCAGGUUCAAUUGCCGAGGAAGUAUUUUCAUUAAUCAGAACUGUAACAGCUUUUGGUGGACAGCAAAAAGAGAUUGACAGAUAUAAGGAGCACCUAGCUUUUGCAAGAAGGAAUAAUAUUAAGCGAACGAUGAUUGUUGGUAUUGGAUUCGGUUUGGUGUACCUUCUAUUAUAUAGUAGUUAUGCAUUGUCAUUAUGGUACGGGGUAAAAUUGGUGUUAAAAGAUAGGUAUAAUCCUAAUGCUAGGUAUACUCCAGCGAAUAUGGUAACCAUAUUUUUUGCCGUAUUGUCGGCUUCCCUGAACUUUGGUGCAGCUUCCACAUAUUUAGAACUGUUUGCCAUAUCAAAAGCAGCAGCUGCGAAAAUUUUUAACGUAAUUGAAAGCAAACCUGCUAUAAAUUUAUCAAAAUCAAAUGGGGAAAAAUUGGAACAUUUUAAAGGAAAUAUUCAGUUUAAAAAUGUCAAAUUUCACUAUCCAUCUAGACCAGAUAUACCGAUAUUACAAGGGCUGAAUAUUGAAAUUAAUCCUGGAGAGACCAUUGCUCUUGUUGGAAGUUCAGGUUGCGGCAAAUCUACGGUUGUUCAACUUAUACAAAGAUUUUACAAUGCGGUAUCUGGCAAGAUCCUAGUGGAUGGAAUGGAUAUUCAAAAUUUGGAUUUAACAUGGUACCGAAACAAGAUAGGCGUAGUGGGACAAGAACCUGUUUUGUUUGGUACAACCAUCCUAGAAAAUAUUAAAUACGGAAAAGAAGAAGCUACAGAAGAGGAAAUUAUAGAGGCUGCAAAAAAAGCAAAUGCUCAUACUUUUAUUAAGUUGUUACCAAAAGGUUAUAACACAUUGGUAGGAGAACGAGGAACGCAAUUGUCUGGAGGACAAAAACAAAGAAUAGCUAUUGCUAGAGCCUUGAUCCGAAAACCGACUCUAUUGUUGUUGGAUGAAGCAACAUCUGCAUUAGAUAAUGCUAGUGAAGCUAAAGUACAAGAGGCUCUAGAUUUGGCUAGUGCUGAAUGUACAACAAUAAUUGUUGCCCAUAGACUAUCUACAAUAAGAGGAGCUAACAAAAUUAUAGUACUUUCUGAAGGAAUUUUAGUUGAACAAGGAACACAUGACGAAUUAAUGUCAUUAAAAGGUGAGUACUUUAAGCUUGUAACUGCUCAAGUUGCAAGUUCCAACCAGAUCGACUUAUCAAAAGAUCAAACAGAAACAAAAGGCAAUAAUGAAGAAUAUGAAGAAUUUAACAAUGCAGAUGAUGACAUGUCUGACGAUGAACAAAAUGAAAUAGAUGACUUUAAAAAUGGCAAAAAAAUAACUAUUUUUAGCAUCAUGAAGUUAAAUGCACCGGAAUGGCCUUAUAUUUUGAUUGCUGGAGUAGGAUCUGUAGUAGUUGGUUGGGGAUGGCCAAUAUUUGCUGUGUUUUUUGGAAGUGUUCUUGGAACACUAGCAAAAUACGAUACAGAAUAUAUAGAAACAGAAACUACCAGAUAUUGUUUAUUUUUUGUGAUUGCGGGUGUAAUAUGUAUGAUGUCCGUUUUUCUUCAGAACUAUCUAUUAGGAAUAGCGGGAGAGAAAAUGACAGAACGGAUUCGAACUCAGAUGUUUACAGCUAUAAUAUCCCAAGAAAUGGGUUUCUUUGACAAAAAAUCUAAUGGUGUCGGAGCAUUAUGUGCUAAAUUAGCUGGAGAUUCAUCCAGCAUUCAAGGAGCUACUGGACAACGAGUCGGUGCAAUUCUACAAUCUCUUUCAACGUUUGGUAUAGCAGUAGCUCUGUCAAUGUAUUACCAAUGGAAAUUAGGUCUUCUAAUGGCAUCCUUUACGCCACUAAUGGUAGUGGUAAUGUUUGUAGAAAAACGUAACACUAUAGGCUUAAGUGAGGCUAGAGAAAAGUCCUUACAAAAAUCUACAAAGAUUGCAGUUGAAGCCGUGGGAAAUAUACGAACUGUAGCAGGUCUUGUCGCAGAAGAUAAGUUCCAAAAGAGUUAUAUUUCUGAAUUGAAACCCCACUACAAAGCAGCGUUAGCAGCAGUACAUUGGAGAGGACUGGUUUUUGGACUUUCACGGAGUCUUGGAUAUUUUUCUUAUGCUGCAGCGAUGUACUAUGGUGGUUUUCUUAUACGAGAUGGACUAUAUUAUGAUAAAGUAUUUAAGGUUGCCCAAGCACAAUUAAUGGGAACCUUGUCAAUUGCUAAUUCUCUCGCAUUUACACCUAAUUUAAAUCGAGGUAUAAAUGCUGCGAAGAGGAUAAAGACUUUCCUAUCCAGAAUUCCGCUUAUUGGAGACGGUCCAAGUUCAAAAUCAGUGGACCAGGUUGACGGUAAUAUAAGUUAUUCAAACGUAGAGUUUUUCUAUCCAACAAGAAAAAAUAUUCAAGUACUGCGUGGUCUGAGUAUAAAUAUUCCAAAAGGAAAUACUGUAGCUCUUGUUGGAGAAAGUGGAUGUGGUAAAUCCACUAUUAUACAACUGAUAGAACGAUUUUAUGAUCCAUCUUCUGGAGAUAUCAAUUUAGAUGAACAAAAUAUUAAACAUAUAACGUUAAGUUCGUUAAGAUCUCACUUAGGAAUAGUGCCACAAGAACCAAAUUUAUUUAAUAAAUCAAUCGCUGAAAACAUUGCCUAUGGAGACAACACUAGAAGCGUUCCCAUGGAUGAAAUUAUUCAGGCUGCAAAGGACGCAAACAUUCAUAAUUUUAUAGUUGGAUUACCUAAUGGGUACAAUACGGAAUUAGGGGAAAAAGCCACUCAAUUAUCGGGUGGCCAAAAGCAAAGGAUUGCUAUUGCACGUGCGCUGGUACAAAAUCCGAAGAUUCUACUGUUGGAUGAAGCUACAUCUGCUUUAGACACAGAAAGUGAAAAGGUAGUACAGGCAGCUCUCGAUGAAGCUAAAAAGGGAAGAACAUGCAUCACAAUAGCACACAGACUCACGACCAUUCAAGAUGCAGAUUUAAUAUACGUUAUCGAUAAAGGAGUCGUUGUUGAAUCGGGAACCCACAGGGAGUUAUUAAACAAAAAUGGUGCUUAUUAUAAAUUGUAUACUCAAAAACAUUAGGAUAUUAAAUAAAAUAAAGUUCA